AUGGGUGCUUGUGCCGCGGUACUGAUUGUCAUCGUCACCAUCUUCUUCCCUCCGCUCGGCGCAUGGGCUGUGGCAGGAUGCGGAAUGGACCUACUCAUCAACGUAUGCCUGACGAUACUUGGAUAUUUCCCGGGUCAUAUACAUGCGUUUUAUCUCGAAUACGUCUAUUAUGACCGUCGACAACAAGCCCGCGAGGGCCAUUAUCCGCCGCGCCGUGCUCCCGGCAUCUACUCUGACAAGGUGCAAACGGGCGGACAAGGCCGUCGACAAGGCUAUGGAACGAUGGCACCGCCGGCUGCCGGUGCGCCUGCCGGUGCGCCUGUCGGUGGCCCGCCCUAUGAUAGCCAAGGUUAUAACAACAACCAAGGCUAUGUAAAUCAAGGUUAUAGCAACCAAGGUCAAAACCAGGGAUAUGCCUAA